UGAUGUUCCUUUAGAGGGAGCCAGCAUCGCUGCUUUAAUAUCAGUGGUAUGGUGAACGAACUGUAUACAUCACUUUGGUGGCUCCAUCGAAAUGUCCGAUCUAUAAUUUUGCUAUGGAAGUGCUACUACUGCUUCUGUUAACAAACUCAGCAGCUGAAAAAACAAGUAGCAACGAAAACGAUUUAACAAGAACGGUGAAUCUUGUUGUUUUAUCGCCUGCCAACGAUACUUAUCCAUUUUCUCUUCAAAAAACUUUACCCAGUGUACUUUACGCAGUUAGAACUUUAGAAAAACAAGGCUAUAAUGGAAUUCUUAACGGAAGAAAAAUACAGGUAUUAUACAGAGAUACUCAAUGUUCUUCUACUUACGGUCCACUCGCCGCUUUUGACUUAUACAUAAGGGAUAGCGCCGAUGUCUUUUUAGGACCUCUCUGUCCUUACGUUUUGGCUCCUGUGGCGCGUUAUACUACAGUUUGGAACGUUCCUCUUCUAACUUCGGCCGGACAGAAUGAUAAUUUUGAUUUUAAGGAACCUCAUUAUCGCCUCUUGACUAGAAUGAAUGGAUCUUAUUCGCAAAUUGGUUUGAUAUUCUUGCAAGUGUUGAAAAAGUUUAAUUGGAAAGUUGUAGCUUUACUCUUUCAUAAUUUCGAAGAGCGUAUACACGGUCAUUCGGAUUGUUAUUUUACUUUAGGUGCUUUAUUUACAGCUUUGGGUAGUAAGAAUUAUCAUCGUGGUUUCGAUGAAACCAAGGAAGAUAUUAAUUAUAGACAAAUCUUAAUUGAUGUUUCUAACAAUGCACGAAUUGUGGUGAUGUGCGCCUCUCCAGAUGCUAUACGAGAAAUUUUAUUAACAGCUGAAGAACUGGGAAUGGUUCACAGUGGGGAAUACGUAUUCUUCAGUAUUGAGCUUUUUACCAGUAAGAAUGAAAAUAGAAGACCUUGGUAUCGGCUCAACGAUACUAUCGAACGUAAUAGAAGAGCUAGAAAAGCUUACGAGGCAUUAUUGACAGUUACAGCAAGAACACCUGAGACUAGAGAAUACGCGGAAUUUUCUAGAGAGGUGAAGGAAAUUGCCAGGAAAGAAUUUGGAUUUGAAUAUGGACAAGAAGAAGUAAAUACUUUCGUAACUGCAUUCCACGAAGCGGUGUUGUUAUACUCUUUAGCACUAAAUGAGACUUUGACUGAAGGUUAUAGCAUAACAAACGGUUCUAUUAUUACUCAAAAAAUGUGGAAUAGAACAUUUGAAGGUAUUACUGGAAGUGUGAGUAUUGACGAAAAUGGUGAUCGAAAUGCCGAUUAUUCUCUUUUAGACAUGAACCCGAAAAAUGGAGAAUUUGAAGUAGUUGCUAACUAUUACGGUGUCAGUAAACAGUUCGUAAACUUACCAAAUAAAAAAAUCCAUUGGGCUGGAAAUCGAUUACAACCUCCUCCCGACACUCCAAACUGUGGUUUUGAUGGUUCAAAAUGUCCCGAUGAUGAAAUUCCUCAAUAUGCUAUUGUUAGUGCUGUUUUAGCCUGCGUUAUUGUUUUCCUUUGCAUAUCUUCUUUCUUUAUUUACAGACAUUUUAAACUUGAAGCGGAUUUAGCAUCAAUGACAUGGAAGAUUAAAUACGAAGAUUUGACUGCUAUUAUUCCUUCAAAUUGUAAACAUUUAGGAUCUAGAAUUAGUCUAAAUCGUGUCAGCAUACCUAGUACUUGUUCCACCGAAACGUUUCCAGUUGGAGAUAUUAGCAAACAAGUAUUUAUUAGAACGUGUUAUUAUAAGGGGACUGUUGUUGCCAUCAAAGCAGUAAAUAAAAACAAAAUAGAAUUUUCUCGGUCAUUACUCUUGGAACUUAAGAGGAUGAAAGAUCUUCAGCAUAAUCAUAUUGUUAGAUUUUUAGGCGCUUGUUUAGAUCCUCCUCAUUGUUGUCUAGUGACUGAAUAUUGUCCAAGAGGAAGUUUGCAGGAUAUUUUAGAAAACGAUGAAAUUAAACUUGAUUGGAUGUUUCGUUGUUCCUUGAUGCAUGAUAUCGUUAAGGGAAUGGCUUAUCUUCAUAAUAGUGAAAUACGAUCUCACGGAAAUCUGAAAUCUUCGAAUUGUGUUGUGGACAGUAGAUUUGUUUUAAAAAUAACAGAUUUCGGUCUUCACUUAUUAAGAACUUACGAUGAAAAUGAAAAUGAAGAUUCGUAUGCUCAUUGGAGAAGAAAGUUAUGGACAGCACCAGAAUUACUAAGAGCAAUUAAUGCAGCACCUGAAGGAACUCAGAAAGGAGACGUCUAUUCGUUUGCAAUUAUUGCUUAUGAAAUUGUUGGGCGCCAAGGACCUUUCUAUGUUGGAAGAAUCGAAUUAAGUCCAAAAGAAAUUGUCGAAAGAGUUCUUAGCGGUGUGAAACCAGCAUUCAGACCAUUUCUGGAAGAGGGUAUUUGCGACGAAGAAGUAAUGACGAUGAUUAAAAGAUGUUGGGCUGAAGAUCCUUUAGAGAGACCAGAUUUUCACGCUCUUAAAUCAAUUAUAAGGAGAUUAAACAGAGAAAAUGAACGUAGUAACAUAUUGGAUAAUUUACUUUCACGAAUGGAACAAUAUGCAAAUAAUCUAGAAGCAUUAGUGGAAGAAAGAACUUCAGAUUAUCUGGAAGAGAAAAGGAAAGCCGAAGAUCUCUUGUAUCAACUUUUGCCAAAAUCUGUGGCCAGUCAACUUAUAAAAGGAGAAUCAGUAACUGCCGAAGCAUAUGAUAGUGUAACGAUAUAUUUUAGUGAUAUUGUAGGAUUUACAGCUUUAUCAGCUCAAAGCACUCCAAUGCAGGUAGUUGAUUUUCUAAACGAUCUCUACACGUGUUUCGAUUCUAUCAUCGAGAGUUUUGAUGUAUACAAAGUCGAAACAAUAGGGGAUGCGUAUAUGGUUGUUUCCGGUUUGCCUGUAAAAAAUGGACUCCUUCAUGCUAGAGAAAUUGCCAAAAUGUCAUUAGCGUUAUUAAAUGCUGUAAAAACGUUUAGUAUACGACAUAAACCACAAGAACAAUUAAAAUUAAGAAGUGGUAUACAUAGUGGACCUUGUGCUGCAGGUGUCGUGGGUCUGAAAAUGCCUAGAUAUUGCUUAUUUGGAGAUACUGUUAAUACUGCUUCUAGAAUGGAAUCGACCGGGUUACCUUUAAAUAUUCACGUUAGUUCAAAAACUAAAGAAAUUUUGGAUUCUUUCGGAUGUUUUGAUAUACAGUUACGAGGAGAAAUUGAAAUGAAGGGGAAAGGACUGGUUACGACUUAUUGGCUAUUUGGAGAGAAGAAAGAAUGUGAUACACACUUGAAAGAAACUAACAUAUAAAAAGCUAGUUUAAUCACUUCAUUCAAUCAAAACUGAAACCGUUUAGAUCAGAGAAUGAUCGUCCAAGGUCUGUUCACAAUUAGAUGAUGGAAAAAAAUUUCUUCUACCUCAGUGAGUGGACAAUUCUCACUGCAGCUUGUGCCUUUCAUUGGAAGACUGUUCAAUAUGAUCUAGAGAAUUUUUCUUUUCGAUUCGAAAGAAAAAAACUUAUAACAAUACAAGACAAUAUUAAACAAAAUUGAACUCUCUGCACAAGAAAAAAAAAUUAAAUUAUUUUAA